UUUUAGAAAUAAUCUCUACAAUUUAAAGAAACGAUUAAAUAACCUAUUAUCUAGAUCUUUGCUUGUUUCGAAAUGUCUUAUAGCAGGAACAAAAAAAACUAUAUAAAAACUCAUUGCCGAUAUACUGUUAAUUGAUUGAAAGGUUAAGAUGAUAAAAAUAAUUAAUUCUAUUAACUGUGACCUGCAGUUGAUACCGAUGCAAAAGAAAUGGGGAAUUCCUACGGAAUGGUUUUCAUAUAAUAUCUUUCUAGAAAUAUAAAUAAUUGGCUCAUUGGAUGAGUAAGUCAUUAGUUCUUUGCCGAUUUCAGCAUCGACAUAAGGAUGAAAGUAGCAAUUUUUUUAAUCUUCUUCUUAAUUGGCGCGGCUUACUCCGUCCCCACGUGGCACGAAGAACACGAACUGCUCGACGAAGAAAUCUGGGAACCCGCCGACCCCCAGCCACUCGUCGAACAUCACGUCAGAUUUAAAAGAGCGACCUGCGAUUUGUUCAGCUUCCAGUCCAAAUGGGUGACGCCGAACCACGCAGCAUGUGCAGCUCACUGCAUUGCCAGAGGAAACAGAGGAGGACGAUGCAAAAACGCAGUCUGCCAUUGCCGCAAAUAAUUAACAAUUUUAAAUAUCCAUUACGUUUUCCCCAAUAAAGCUGUGUUUGUCCAAUA